AUCAACAUUUCCUGUCUGAGUGUAAACGAAAGUGAAAGUUGGAUGAACGUUUAUAAGGGCCGCUCCCUAAAUGUUUCCAGAAGGACUCACACACUGUUCACUGUUGGACACACAGAAUGACUUGCACCAACAUGAAGUGGGCUGAAGACGACUUCGAUCCGCCCCCUGGGACCUUUCGGCUCGGACCCUCUCAGCCGGUUAGUGAUCGAACCUACGUCAUGUACCACGGGACCACCAGUCAGAACUCCAGAGCCAUCCAGAACUCCGGUUUCCGACGGUCCUCGGGGGGGAUGCUCGGCCCUGGUGUCUACCUCAGCAGAGACCUGCAGAAAGCCAGCCGCUAUCCCAUUGAUCACCCUGAGCAUGACAAGGUCGUCAUUAAGGUCAAGGUACGGGUUGGAAAAGUGAUCGCCAUCAAUCACCAGUAUCACCCGUCUCAGAAGACCUGGCAAUACCAGGGGUUUGACACCGCCUGGGUGCCCCCCAACUGUGGGAUGGUGAAGAGCGGUCUGGAGGAGGAUUGUGUCUGGGAUCCGGCUCGAAUCCAGAUCCUUCAAAUCAUCAAACCGACGCCCCCUGGGACCUUUCGGCUCGGACCCUCUCAGCCGGUUAGUGAUCGAACCUACGUCAUGUACCACGGGACCACCAGUCAGAACUCCAGAGCCAUCCAGAACUCCGGUUUCCGACGGUCCUCGGGGGGGAUGCUCGGCCCUGGUGUCUACCUCAGCAGAGAACUGCGGAAAGCUAGCCGCUAUCCCAUUGAUCACCCUGAGCAUGACAGGGUCGUCAUUAAGGUCAAGGUACGGGUUGGAAAAGUGAUCGCCAUCAAUUACCAGAAUCACCAGUUUCAGACGACCUGGCACGACCAGGGGUUUGACACCGCCUGGGUGCCCCCCAACUGUGGGAUGGUGAAGAGCGGUCUGGAGGAGGAUUGUGUCUGGGAUCCGGCUCGAAUCCAGAUCCUUCAAAUCAUCAAACCGACUUUGAUCUUCUUUCAGUUCAGAGGGUCGAGAAAUAACAUGAAGAGCAGACGACUUCGAUCCGCCCCUGGGACCUUUCGGCUCGGACCUCUCAGCCGGUUAGUGAUCAAACCUACGUCAUGUACCAGGACCACCAGGCAGUGCUCCAGAGCCAUCCAGAACUCCGGUUUCCGACGGUCCUCGGGGGGGAUGCUCGGCCCUGGUGUCUACCUCAGCAGAGACCUGCAGAGAGCCAGCCGCUAUCCCAUUGAUCACCCUGAGCAUGACAAGGUCGUCAUUAAGGUCAAGGUACGGGUUGGAAAAGUGAUCGCCAUCAAUCACCAGUAUCACCCGUCUCAGAAGACCUGGCACUACCAGGGGUUUGACACCGCCUGGGUGCCCCCCAACUGUGGGAUGGUGAAGAGCGGUCUGGAGGAGGAUUGUGUCUGGGAUCCGGCUCGAAUCCAGAUCAUUAGAAUCAUCAAACCGACUUGAACAUCUGAGCACAGCGAGAUAGCGACUUCGAUCCGCCCCUGGGACCUUUCGGCUCGGACCUCUCAGCCGGUUAGUGAUCGAACCUACGUCAUGUACCCGGGACCACCCAGGGAGUGCUCCACAGCCAUCCAGAACUCCGGUUUCCGACGGUCCUCGGGGAUGCUCGGCCCUGGUGUCUACCUCAGCAGAGACGUGGACAAAGCCAGCCGCUAUCCCAUUGAUCACCCUGAGCAUGACAAGGUCGUCAUUAAGGUCAAGGUACGGGUUGGAAAAGUGAUCGCCAUCAAUUACCAGAAUCACCAGUUUCAGAAGACCUGGCAACCAGGGUAUGACACCGCCUGGGUGCCCCACUGUGGGAUGGUGAAGAGCGGUCUGGAGGAGAAUUGUGUCUGGGAUCCGGCUCGAAUCCAGAUCCUUCAAAUCAUCAAACCGACUUCAACAGACGGCGACGAUGAUGAAGGAUCGUCUUCGUCUGGGUGUGUGACCAUGUGAACAUCUGAGCACAGAGAGAUGUUACCAGUUUAUUUUUAGCUUAUUUUAUAUAUUGGAUAAAAACAAUUUUCAUACAAUUAUCAAAAUCUGCAAAAUAAACCUGAGAAGCUUUUGUUGAAAA